CUAAAAAUCGUUUUUGGUGUGGUUAUAUGCCUUUUACUUUCUUUAUUACUUAUGUGUAUUAUACUGCUUCCAUCAAAAGUUGUCAACACAGAUGAUGGGUCUAGAGCUCUUACCUUGGAGGAUUACUUGAAUGGAAACUUUCAAUAUAAAACAUUUUUUCCAUAUUGGGUGUCAGAUAAUGAGUAUCUUCAUCAGUCUGCAGAGGAUGAUAUUAUUCUUUACAAUGUUGAAAUUGAUUAUGCAACCACCAUCAUGACAAACAGCACAAUGAAACAAGUUAAUGCUUCAAAUUAUGUGAUGUCAUCAGACAAAUAUUUCAUAGCUCUGGAAAGCAAUUAUUCAAAGCUGUGGAGAUACUCUUACACAGCAUCAUAUCACAUUUAUGAUCUCAUAAAUGGUGUUUUUGUAACAGAAAAUCAGCUUCCACAUAAAAUUCAGUAUAUAUCCUGGUCACCCGUUGGACACAAAUUGGUAUAUGUAUUUCAGAAUAAUAUCUAUUUGAAACAAAGUCCUAGAGAGUCACCAGUUAAAAUAACUAGUGAUGGAAAACAGAAUGAAAUAUUUAAUGGGAUUCCUGACUGGGUCUAUGAAGAGGAGAUGCUAGCAACAAAAUAUGCACUGUGGUGGUCUCCAAAUGGAAGAUAUUUAGCAUAUGUACAAUUUAAUGAUUCUGACAUACCAGUUAUUGAAUAUUCAUAUUUUGGUGAAGACCAGUAUCCUAGAAAAAUAAUUAUUCCAUACCCAAAGGCUGGAGCUAAAAAUCCUACUGUUAAAGUGUUUAUUGUAGACACUAUUAACUCUGAAGCAUUUGGUCCUAAGGAAGUGCCAGUUCCUGCAAUCAUAGCAUCCAGUGAUCACUAUUUUACUUGGCUUACUUGGGUAACAGAUACUCGAAUCUGUGUGCAGUGGCUGAAGAGAAUACAGAAUUUUUCAGUUUUAGCUAUUUGUGACUUCAAAGAGCAUUCAAAUAAUUGGGACUGUCCAGAGAGUCAACAGCACAUAGAAGAGAGUCAAACAGGAUGGGCAGGCGGAUUCUUUGUUUCUGCACCAUAUUUUACAUCAGACAGCAGUUCAUACUACAAAAUUUUUAGUGACAAAAAUGGUUAUAAGCAUAUUCAUUACAUCAAUGGCUCUGUGGAGAAUGCAAUCCAAGUUACAAGUGGAGAAUGGGAGGCAAUAUACAUUUUCAGAGUAACAAAUGAUGCAAUUUUCUAUUCAAGCAAUGAAUUUGAAGGCUAUCCAGGAAGAAGAAAUAUUUACAAAAUCAGCAUUGGAAGUAAACCUAUGAGAAAACAAUGCAUUACUUGCAAUUUAAGAAAAGAGAGAUGUCAGUAUUAUACAGCAAGAUUCAGUGAACGUUCAAAGUAUUAUGCCUUGAUCUGUUAUGGUCCUGGGAUUCCCAUUUCUACUCUUUUUGAAAACCAUGGUGAUAGAGAGCUCAGAGUAUUGGAAGACAAUUGGGAAUUGAAGUCUGCUUUGCAAGAUAUCAGACUGCCAAAAGAAGAAAUUAAUAAGCUUGAAGUGGAUGGUAUAACUUUGUGGUACAAAAUGCUUCUACCUCCACAGUUUGAUAGAUCCAUGAAGUACCCUCUUCUUAUUCAGGUGUAUGGAGGACCUUGCAGUCAGAAUGUAAAGGAAACCUUUAGCAUUAGUUGGAUAACGUAUCUUGCAAGCAAAGAGGGAAUUAUUGUUGCUCUGGUGGAUGGCAGAGGGACAGCUUAUCAAGGUGACAAGAUUUUGCAUGCAGUAUAUCGGAGACUUGGAGUCUAUGAAGUUGAGGACCAAAUCUCAGCAGUUAAAAAAUUUAUAGAAAUGGGCUUUAUUGAUGAGAAACGAAUAGCAAUAUGGGGCUGGUCCUAUGGUGGCUAUGUAACUUCUUUGGCACUUGGAUCUGGCAGUGGAGUAUUUAAAUGUGGAGUGGCUGUGGCUCCUGUUUCCAGCUGGGAAUAUUACGCAUCGAUCUACACAGAACGAUUUAUGGGUCUUCCUACAAAGUCCGAUAAUCUUGAGCACUAUAAGAAUUCAACUGUGAUGGCAAGAGCAAAGAAUUUCCAAAAUGUAGAGUAUCUUCUCAUCCAUGGAACAGCAGAUGAUAAUGUACAUUUUCAGAACUCAGCACAAAUUGCAAAAGCUCUGGUUAAUGCACAGGUGGAUUUCCAGGCAAUGUGGUAUACUGAUCAGAACCAUGGAAUUCCAGGCCUUUCCAGCAAACAUCUCUACACACAUAUGACCCACUUCCUCAAACAAUGCUUUUCUUUGUCAGAAUAAGUGGGCAACUCAGAGUAUGCUAUGGCAUCUGAGACAUCUUUGGGAGAAUGAAAAGACAGCAGUGCCCAAGUUGUAUAGUGUUCAGGUGAAUUGAUCACAGGAACUUUGAAAUUUUAAACUUGAUGUUUACAUCCACUUUUGAUAUUGUAUAUUAGCAAAUGUUAUUGUAACAAAUGUUUUGACACAUUUGAUACCUGUUUGGCAGAAAAAAUAAAAUCAGACUGUAAAGUAUCUUGUAAA